AUGUACAAUUCAAGAUCCUAAGUCUCAUAUCCCCAAGCAUCACCAUCAAGUGGAAGAAUUCAAAAGAUCUCAGAGAAAUUAUCCACAAUCUAAAUUGGAGUAGAAAAUGAGAGAUUCUAAAAACUUGAAUAAGCUGAAUAAAGAAUUUAAUAGGCUGAAGAUGCUUUCAAUGAAUUCUAAGAAUAGAUAUUUACUAAAUUGAAUGGAUUGAGAGACUAAUUAGGCAAAUUACAAAAACAAGUAGAAGAAGAUAAAUUGGCUAAGGAAUAAGCUAAUGAAACUAAAAACAGAGAAGUUCAAGCAUUAGAAAAGAAAUUUGAAAAUGCUAUUCAAAAUGAAACAUAAACAAGAAAAGAAGGAGAAACUAAAGUAUUGAGAUUACUGGAAGAUAAAACAGCAUUAUUGAGAACUGAAGUUCAAAAGGAAACUGCAGCAAGAGUAGAUGCUAUUGAAGGAAUACAUUAAGGAUUAUAAAAUGAUUUACCCAAAAUCUAGGAGGCCAUCAGAAAUGAAGCCAAUGAAAGAGAUGAGUCUGAUCAGAAUGUUAUGAAAUCCAUUACUGACGAACUUGUUAAAUUGAGUAAUCUUAUCAAUGUUGAAAAGAGAAAUAGAGAUGAAAGUGAAUAAUCCAUAUUUGAGAUGCUUAAAGAUAUCGUCAAUAGAGUCAAAGUAGAAUUGGAUCAAGAAAAGAAAACAAGAGAAUAAUCCGAAGAGCAUUUACUAAGUUUGUUAGAAGAUACUUGUAAUAAACUCAGUAUUGCAGCAAAUCUAUGAUAUUGAAAUAAAUACAAAAUAUAAAGAAUAUAAUUAUAAAAAAUAA